AUGACUAAUAACUCAUCAGUUGGUAGAGCGUACUUGCUGCGCCAAAUCAAUUUCCAGGUUAUUUUAGUGCAGCUUCUGGUGUUAAUCUUUCUUUGCAUCAACGUGUUGCUCAUUGUGACCUUUUUUUCUAAGGAUGUCUUCUACGUAAACAUGCGUUACAUCUUAUUUGCUGUCACACUGCUAUCUGAUAGCCUGAUAUUAAUCAUGUCUGAUGUUGUGCUCAUCUUGAGCUAUUUCCGUUUUACAAUGCAGGUUGGUAUGUGUGUCAUUAUGUCUAUUUUUUUGCUUCUUUAUACUUUUGUCACACCGUUUACUCUGACAGCAAUGACCCUGGAGCGCUUUGUGGCCAUUUGCAUGCCCCUGCGGCAUGCAGAGCUGUGCUCCACACACAGAGCUCUGCACUGCAUCCUCAUCAUUCAUGGCCUCAGCUCUGUACGCUGUAUUGGUAUUCUCUCCAUCUUCUUUGCAUCUGCUUCCGACAGGUUCUACACCCAGGACAGAAAAUGCUCUGUGGAAAUGUUCAUUUUGCGUAGAUGGCAUGAUCAUUUUAGGUCAGCAAUAAGUCAGUUCUACUUCUUAAUCAUGUGCAUCACCAUUGUUUACUCUUAUAUUAAAAUAACGAAAGUGGCCAAAGCUGCAUCAGGAGAGAAUAAAAAAUCAACAAGGAAAGGGCUCAGGACAGUGAUUCUUCAUGCUUUUCAGCUGCUCUUGUGUCUCUUCCAGCUGUGGUGCCCUUUAAUAGAAUCUGCUGUACUUCAGAUUGAUUUCAUGUUGUUUGUAAAUGUCAGAUACUUUACCUACAUUACUUUUUAUCUUGCUCCAAGAUGUCUGAGCCCUCUCAUUUAUGGCCUCAGGGAUGAAAUGUUUUUUCACGCACUGAAAUACUACGCUCUCUGUGGAUUGUAUAAGAAACAAUAA